CAAUCAAUAGCAAGUUUAAUGUUUCAAACAAGGUAAAUGAGAAGAAUAAAAUAAUGUAUCUAAACAGAUUUAUACUCAUUGUAACAAUGUUUGUUAUGGUGGUCAGUUCUGAUACGGAACCCGGCACUUGUGUCAUUGAGAAAAAAACAUGUUCUGCAGAACAAUGUGAACUACAGUUAACAGCAUAUUGUAUGGAAAGAGUGAGUGCUGUACAGUGGUAUCAUGGGAGAAAAAGAAUCGACAAUGUCAAGGACACACAAUACACGGGAUCGUUGAAUGAAACCAAGGUGCACUGUAGUUCGCAAAUUCCAUGUGUACGCGCCAUUAUGAAGCUGAUCAUGACACCGUUUUUACCAAGUGAUUAUGGAAUGUACAGAUGUGUCUUGACGACAACUAACAAAGAAAUUCGCUGUGAAUCUAAUUUUACACUUAAACUUUCAAAUCCGAUUGUAACAGGAAAUGGCGAUUCUGGAAGUGUACAAGUAAAAACCAAUUAUAUAUACAUUGCCAUAGGCGUUGUUGCAGGCUGCGGUUUGAUGAUAGUUAUACUCUUUAUUGCCGUGAUUAAACUGGCACGAAGGAGACGACAAGGAAGAGUUAUGGAAAGUGAGAUGGACGCACAGAACAAUAGGAAAGAUAGUGCGGGUCAGUCUCAUCAUACCUACGCGUCAAUUGGUUCUGAUAUAGCUCAUUAUGAGAGUCUUUUUGGAAGAAGAGGUACAAAAGAGGGCUAUGAUUUUCCAAAGCCAGCAGUUUCUAUUAAGAAAGAUUCCGAAGGCUACCUGAAACCAGAAACUCAUGGUAGACUGUCAGAACAGACAGAACCGGAAGUACCAGAUGAUGACUACAGUGAUUUCACUAUGGAUUCUGCUUUUUCGACGUCGACAUUUUCAUUUUCCCAAGAUGACAUAGAGGCUUAUAACAACCGAAAGUAUUCAGCAGUAAAUAAUCAGAACAUAGACCCAACCUAUACAGUAGAAAAUAUCCGAAGAAACUCCAGCAUUGCUUUGUCUAACCCAGAAUACACUGCCGGGGUUUUCCAAAAAUCCAAGUCGCAGAAAGCUGGAGGAGCAGUGAAAGGGUCACAGCGAGUUCAAGGGUCAGCGAAGAGGAAAGAAUCAUGUGAUUACCAAAAUAUUAAAAAGACAAGAAGACUUACAUGACAGAGAAUUGUAAAUACAAUUUCAUUGUAAUAAAGAAACAGUGGAACAGAUAAUGGUGAUAACAGAUUACAGUUUUCUCUCUCAUGACAUGAGCUGUGGUUACUUGAAACCGGAAAAAUAAUGUAUUAAAUGAAAAAUUGAUAAAAAAUAAACUGAAAAAUAUAA